CCUGAGGGGUCCCACCCACACCCAGGGGGCGUCCAGCCGGUUACACCUCAGUAGUGUUUCCGAUUGAGAGAAAAGUGGCAGCAUAUUUGGUUCUGGCUGGGGCAUAUUUGUCUGGGGGGCUUCGUGGGGUCCUGAGUCAUGUCCUGGUUUUUAGGGGGCACUGCAGGUGUGGGGAUAGUUAGGCCAGACAGCCUGGGGAACAGCGUUCCCCCAACCCCCACGGCCCUGCAGAGAAGACAGGCCUUUCUCUGACAGAUCACCUGACCCAAGGCUUCAGGGUGAUGUCACUGGACGGCAAAUAGCCGACAGGUUAAAGGAGCCCUGGGGACGGGGUCUCUAGUUCUCCGGAACAGUAUUUAGGCUGGGAGGUUGCCUGUACAAAAGAGCUUCUAAGACAAGGUGAAAUUCCCUGGCCAGGUCACUGGUCUGGGGCAGGCCCCUUAUUCCAUCAGCCUCAGUUUCCUCAUCUCUAAAAUGGGGGGGAUGCUUGCUCCGCCUGUGCCAAUGUCCUUGAGGCUGCUGGGCCUGCAGACAGGGCUACCAGUCCCCCUUACUACCAGUGUAAGAUUCAGGAGGGUCAUUCUAGUGCUGACUAAGUGUAGUGCUGCCCUGAAGACCCCCGAAGUGUGGCUUUAUUUUACUCAUAUCUUUGUUUUUCCUAAUGUUUGCAGGGAGGUGUGACCCGUUAACCCGUUGCUGUUGAUUCAAUUCUGAUAGGACAGAGUAGAACUGCCCUAUAGGGUUUCCAAGGCUGUAAUCUUUACGGAAGCAGACUGCCACAUCUUUGUCCCGAGGAUCAGCUGGAGUCUCGAGCCCUGCCACUGUCUGCUUGGAAAAUGUCGGCCCUCACGGAGCUGUUCAACUAUAUUGAUGAGAAUCAGGAUCGCUAUGUUAAGAAACUUGCGGAAUGGGUGGCCAUCCAGAGUGUGUCUGCAUGGCCCGAGAAAAGGAGCGAGAUCAGAAGAAUGAUGGAAGUCGCAGCUGCAGACAUCACGAAGCUUGGUGGCUCCGUGGAAUUGGUAGAUAUUGGAAAGCAAAAGCUCCCUGAUGGCUCCGAGAUACCUCUUCCUCCUGUUCUGCUCGGCAAGCUGGGCACGGAUCCCAAGAAGAAGACAGUGUGCAUUUACGGGCACCUGGAUGUCCAGCCCGCGGCCCUGGAGGAUGGCUGGGACAGCGAGCCCUUCACCCUGGAGGAGCGUGAUGGAAAGUUGUACGGGAGAGGCUCUACAGACGACAAGGGGCCAGUGGCCGGCUGGAUGAACGCGCUGGAAGCUUUCCAGAAAACCAACCAGGAAAUCCCCGUCAAUGUGCGGUUCUGCCUGGAAGGCAUGGAGGAGUCGGGCUCAGAGGGCCUGGACAAGCUGAUUUUCGCCCAGAAGGACACGUUCUUUAAGGACGUGGACUACAUCUGCAUCUCUGACAACUACUGGCUGGGGAAGAGGAAGCCCUGCGUCACCUACGGUCUCCGGGGCAUUUGCUACUUUUUCGUUGAGGUGGAGUGCAGUGACAAGGAUCUCCAUUCCGGUGUGUACGGGGGCUCAGUGCAUGAGGCCAUGACUGACCUCAUCACCCUGAUGGGCUCUCUGGUUGACUGGAAGGGGAAAAUCCUCAUACCUGGCAUUUACGAGGCUGUGGCGCCUGUGACAGACGAGGAGCUGGCACUCUACAAUGACAUCGACUUUGAUACGGAUGAAUACACCAAGGACGUGGGUGCCAAGACCCUCCUGCACAGCUGCAAGAAGGACAUCCUGAUGCACCGAUGGAGGUACCCGUCCCUCUCCCUCCAUGGCAUCGAAGGUGCCUUCUCCGGGUCGGGAGCGAAAACCGUGAUUCCUCGGAAAGUGGUGGGCAAGUUCUCCAUCAGACUCGUGCCAGACAUGACCCCUGAGGUCGUCAGCAAGCAGGUGACGAGCUACCUGACCAAGAAGUUUGCUGACCUGCACAGCCCCAACAAGUUCAAGGUGUACAUGAGCCAUGGCGGGAAGCCCUGGGUCUCAGACUUCAACCACCCACACUACCUGGCCGGGAGGAGAGCACUGAGGACAGUGUUUGGUGUAGAACCAGACUUGACCCGGGAAGGCGGCAGCAUCCCUGUGACUCUGACGUUCCAGGAGGCCACCGGCAAGAACGUCAUGCUGCUGCCCGUGGGUGCAGCUGAUGACGGGGCCCACUCCCAGAACGAAAAGCUCAACAGACCCAUCAGGAGAAGAGGAAACUAUUGCAGUGGGGAUCUGUUGGCCCCUUCAUUUUGAGUGAAAGCGUGUAAACCAGCCACUUCAUGCCUUUAUCUGCCCCAUUUUCGAUAGGCAAUGUUUAAAUUGCCCGUCCCUAUCAAAACAGUACCCUGAGGAGACAAGCAUCUUCUUUGGUUUUGAAGAAUCUUCACUUCCAGUUGAAACUUGAGCAUCUGCACCCACAAGCAAAGUCCAGCCCAGAGUGAGCCAUCAAAUUGCAGCAAAUCUACACCAGCUUAGUGUCAAACAUCUUCAUUCAGUCAGGUUCUGGUCAGCUCAUCCCUAGCCAUCCAAACCCACUUCCUGGCACUUCAGACAGCCCCUUCACGCUCUCAUCCCUGGCCUCCUUGGGCUAGGUGGAACAUGUCCAAACUCAGCCCUUCUCUUCACUGUUGCACUUCUCCCACUUCCAGCACCGCAAGCCAGCAAACCAAGCAUUCUGCUUGCGGGCUGCAUUUAACUUCCAGUUCUGGAAGGGGGCUCCUUCUGAUGGACAUAGACUUUUCCUGCCUGGAUGCAUCCAACAGCAAACCACUCGCUUUAAAUUCAAGAAGGAGAACUUUUUUUUUUCCCUUCUGCAGGUCCUGCCUUCAAAUGCAAAUUUCCAGUUCUCUCAGCAGUUAUGGGUGGUUCUGCCUGUCUUUUCUAAUGCGAAUCUAGGUGGGGCUCAGGUUUUCUGCCUAAGCCCCCACUCUACACAGGACUACGGGCUUGAAACGAAAAACCUGUGUUUCUCCUGGUUCCCAUUUUAGCAUUUCCAAUUAAGUAUUGGCUGAAAGCGGAGUUAUAUGCUCUCUGUAAUGUACAAUAUCCAAUAUUCGUUUCUGGCAUGUAUUUAGGGUCUGCUUUGCAACAUUAGGUAGGAGAAACAUUCAGUCUCCGUAGUACAUUCAGACAAACGCAUGAUCCUAAACACAUAACUCUUUUAAAACAUCCCGGUUUAGUCUUCUCUACGUCUUAACUAUCUUUCUAUUCGUAUGCGUAUGGCCUUGAGCUUCUGGCUGGGUAAAACCAGAAGACCCUGGCCCCCUAUCAGUCUUCCUGCUCUUCGGGCCUGGCUUUGUCCCCAGGCCACUUCAGCUGCAACUUUUCAGCCAUUACAGGUAACAAGCAGAGCCAACCAUCCAAGAAUCAAAAGUUUCACUUCCCA